AUCAUCAUCAUCAUCAUCAUCAUCAUCAUCAUCAUCAUCAAAGCUCAACUUCAGCCCAUUAAACAAUCCACCACGUCAGACCACCCGCAUUCAACUCUAUAAUCAUAACGGCCGAUAAAUACCUACACAUAGCACCAUCCGGAUAAUACAACAGCGACAAUUACCAAGAUGGCCAUGUUCAGCCAGAACCCCGUCCUGAACGGGCCCAACUACUCGUUUGCCGAAGUUCCUAAAGAUGCCAUCGAUGGUUUGCGGGAACACCGUUUUAACCCAUACACCGACAACGGCGGUUCCACUCUCGCCAUCGCCGGCGCCGACUUCGCCAUCAUGGCCGGUGAUACCCGUCUGACGUCAGGCUACAGCAUCAACACGCGGUACUCGCCCAAGGUAUUCAAGAUUGGUGGAUCCAACUCGUCGCAGGACGAUGCCAACAUCCUGCUGUCCGUGGUCGGGUUCGCGGCAGACGGCGAGGCUCUAAAAGAGCGACUCGACGCUAUUUGCAAAAUGUACCGGUACCGCCACGGCAAGCCCAUGUCCGUCAACGCCUGCGCCAAGCGCCUAUCUACCAUCAUGUACCAGAAGCGCUUCUUCCCAUACUACGUCUACGCCAUCCUAGGCGGCAUCGACGAGGAGGGCAAGGGCGCCGUAUACAGCUACGACCCUGUCGGCAGCUACGAGCGUGAGCAGUGCCGAGCUGGCGGUGCUGCAGGUAGUCUAAUUAUGCCCUUCCUCGACAACCAGGUCAACUUCAAGAACCAGUAUGUGCCUGAAAGCGGCACCGGGCACGACCUACAGGAACGAGAGCGCGUGCCGCUACCGAGGGAUGAGGUGGAAAUACUAGUGAAGGAUGCCUUCGACUCGGCGGUUGAGCGUCAUAUCGAAGUCGGUGAUGCGCUGCAGGUGGUCAUCAUUACCAAGGACGGAAUCGAGGAGAAGGUUCUGCCACUAAAGAAGGAUUAAGGGGUUGCCAGUGAUCCGAUUACAAGCGGCUGUGUACUAUAUCGUAGGCAACGGAGUUCCCUGAUGUUUAAAUACAUCAUAACUGACUACUGACAUUCUCGAGUAUGGUCAACCCAGUUUCACGAUGCCGAUAUGCCAACGCCAAAAUGUGUGACGACUAUAGUAUUAGGUAGUUUGCUCAGAGUCUAUUAUAGCUAGUCAAUAGCACCAGCUCUCAUCGUAAUAGUCCUGGUCUAACCCUUUAAGUAUUAAUAUGCUUAAGUUUCAACCCUUCCAAGCUAUGAAGUAGUCUCUAUUUGCCUUAUAUUGCCUACCCCAGAUUCGCCCGUAAUAAUAUAAUAUACCAGUG